CCCUGAUAGAUCUGACUUAUUACUGUUAUUUCCUGGAAAAUUAUUUUGUUAGUCUAACGAGAAUUUGUCCUCUGUCCUGGUAUUUUUUCGUUGUUUAAUACUGUAUAAAGAAGCAAAAAUAAUUGCAGGUAAAACAAUGAAGUUUUCAUAAGUAAUUGGCAAUUCUAAUGGCUGGAAUUUCAUCGAGAUCAAAAGGCGUAGAUACUUUCCUUCCAAGAGACGAUUUCCGGUCACUUCCGUUUCAUUUGCUCCACCAUAUUCAGAACAAGAUUCCCUCCAUUUCUUUUGUGUCGGAGCUCAGCAGUGUUGGGAAACACCAUUGUCAUUUAGCCAACGGAAGUUUCUGGGGAAUUUGGGCGAGUGCCGAUCAUGGCCUCAUCCACGACAGGCUCGAUUGAUGUCCAGACUGACGAAUUGCGGCGCCAUUCCAAUAGAGUUCCUCACCCCAGAGUAAUACCCAACUGCCAUCAUACUGAAAGCACAGCACUGCAGAGACUGGCAACAUUCUCGGACAUUGAUGAUCACAGCAUCGUUGCCAAGAUUUCUUCAACUCGACUAGCCGGAAGUGGCUGUGUCUACAACAGUGACGAAAAAUACAUAGAAUGCACGUAUGGAGGAAAAAUUACGAAAAUAAAUGACAGCCCCAUUAUGCAGACUUUGUAUGACUUAAAGCACUAUCACCACCCCCUGUGUGGUGCUUUGACAGCGUACAUUUCCAGACAGGAACGAGAAAUAAGCCAGGGAAUCGCCAUUAACCUGCGUAUCCUAAAGAGAUCUCAUAGUCAGCGCAUCAUGAUUGGAGGUACUCAUGGUUACGACAGUCUCAUCCACGUGUAUGGCAUCACUCCAAGACGAAAUGAAUUUGAUGUGGUGCUUGAUUACAUGUAAACUGUCAUCUGUAUUUUGAGUACUUGAUUAUAAAUAGUAACAGAUUUACAUGUACACUCUCCUGAAAUAGAACAGUUAUUGUGAUUCAAAUUAAAUGGAAUGUAGACCUAUGUUUCUCUGAAAUGGAGUUUUGUGUGAAUUUGGAUACGUUCUGAUUACU